AUGUCUGAUAUAAGCAAGAUAGGUAUUACCUUGUCUGAGUCAUCAGACUGGUAUCUCUGGAUUGGUCAAAUUAAGUCUUAUGCUAUUGCAAAAGGCGUAUGGGACUAUAUUGACCCCGAUAAUCCAAUAAAGAGGGAUAUUCCUUCUUAUCCUAUUCGUCCUAGGGUUACCGAUAUUAACCCUAAAGCCUAUUCUGAUGAAGAUUUGACCACAAACGAGCGUGAAAGGUGGAGAGACAGACGAAGAGACUAUGAGCUUGACCUUCGCGAAUACGACCGCAUUUCAGGUGCUAUCUCCCAGAUCUACCUUAUCGUCCAAUCAUCGAUCUCCUAUUCAAGCAAGCUUAUCAUUCAGCACCUACCGUCGGUCUAUGAAGCCUUACAAACCCUUCAAAAGCGCUAUGCACCAACCACUGAAGCCCGAAAGCGGUCGGUCAUCAAGAAAUACCACCAAAUGCGCCGAAUCCCGCAUUCUUUGACCAUAGAUGCAUGGAUUUCGCAAUGCGAGAACACCUACGUAGAGGCUGUCCAAUUAGGCAUUGGUGAAGUCCAAUCAAAGACUAGACCACUUUUGGACUUCCUAGAUGGCCUAGCCUCUAUGUCUCCCUCCUUCGCCGAAUACUGGCAUAAUGAGAUCAACCGGCUUGAAUCUAUAGGCCAGAUAGACUCUAUAGACUUCUUUACCUUGACAAAGAGGUAUAGGGAUUCUAUUAGGCUUAUACCGCCCAAACGAGCCUCUAAUGUCCAUGCGACUUUUCGAGGACAUUCAGACAAGGACCAAGGCAAGAAGACCACCAAACUCUGCCCAUGUAAAGGGGGUGUUAAUGAGGGAUAUCAUAUAUUCGAUGAUUGCCCUUAUAUAAACCCCUCUCUCCGACCCGAGGACUGGGAACCAGACCAAUCAGUCCUAGACCGCUUUGAAGAGGCUUGCACCCAUUCAGGCUUCAAAUAUGCAUACAAUAAGGCUAUCCAGAAGCAUCAGCAUCAGCAGGAUCAGUCUGACACCCACGUGGGUAUGGUGACCUGCCUAGCUUCUAGGCAUACACGGCCUAAUGUGUGGGCAUAUGACUCGGCCGCAGACACCCACGUUUGCAAUGAUCGUUCCCAAUUCGUGACCUUUUCGCCCUAUAAAGGCAGCCUCUUCGUCGGUGAUACUAAGACCUCAAUCCAAGGUAGAGGUCUAGUCUAUCUAUCCUUUGGUAACACCACUUUUGACCUCCAUGAAACCCUUUAUGUUCCAGGUUUCCAUAUGAACAUUCUCUCUGCGCAGAGGGCCAAGAAAGGGGGUGUUUACCAUAAUCAGAGGCUUAAUAGGCUUGAAAAAGAAGAUGGAACCCCUAUUUGCAAGACUUCGGAUGAUACGGGCAUUACCCUUAUUUUAGGGUAUCAGGACAAGCCUAUGCAUAAGGAACAGAUCUCCCUUGCAACCCUUUCAAUCUCCCCUCAAGAUAAUAUCUUAAAGCCUAUGGACAAGCCCAUGGAUGAGCCUAGGAAAGACAAUCCUAUAGCUCUAGCAUCAAUCCACAACCCAAUGGCUUUGCGACCUCUAUCGGAUAAGACAGACCAAUCAUCCGAUAAUGACACUGACAAGUGUGAAAACGAGGAUAUAGACCAUAAAUACGAUAUCCUCGGCGACCUACCGCCUUCCCCAGACGAGUCAGAAGAAGAAGAAGAAGAAGAAGAAGAAGAAGAAGAAGAAGAAGAAGAAGCGAGGCAAAACCAAUGCGGAAGUGAGGAUAACCUUACUCUAAACGGGACCGAAAACGCACCUUAUUCGGGCGAUUUUAGAGUAAAUGACCCUUCACUUUAUCCUUACCCAGAAGUCGAAAACGCCUCACUUCCCUCCGAACCUUCUUUACCGACCCGAAUCACUCUUCCUUCCGAUAACCUCGCCUAUGGUGGAAACGCUUUCCCAUGA